AUGGAGAUGUGGUUCAUGGAAGCUAUACCUGAACUUUAUGGAGCCGAUUCAGACGAUCUUGAUGAGUCUCUGCAAGAAGACGCACAGGCCGAAAUUAUCGAGAAGAUAUGUUCUACUGGUGACUGCGAGGCCAUGCGGCAGACUCUGCUUGAUUGGCUGACUCAAUGUCCGGAUCCACACAGGCGGGAUGACUUUGUCGGGAAGGCUGUUUCAAUGGCGCUGAAGGUCAAUAUGGCCGGAAGAUCGCAGAAAUGA